AUGUCUGGAUCAUAUAGACGACCUUAUCAAUCAUCUGGACCUUCGCAUAGACAAUACCAAUAUAACCAGCAGCAGAGACCCUAUGCUAAUCAGUAUAAUGGGAGAAGGAAUAACUAUGACUUCUAUAAUGACCAUAGACAAGGUCAUUAUGGGGGGCAUUCUUAUAACAGUUCUUAUGGUGGUAAUGGGUACCCUUAUCGCCAUGGGAUGAGCAAUAGCCCUAUGCAUAGCAAUAACAGUAGUAAUAGUAGCAAUAGUAAUAAUAAUAAUAACAACAAUAAUAAUAUUAAUAACAUUCAUAAUACUGACAAUGGUGGUGCCAUGGAUAGUAAUGAUUAUUACAACUCUAUUGGUGAUAUACGGUCUUACAGUGGAGUAUCAAGGAAUAAUGAGAGCAAGGAAUUUUUGAAAUUAGUUAGACCUCAACCUGUAAUACGUUAUGAUACCAAUUUUUAUAAAUCAAAGUAUCAUUAUUUUGAUCCUGUUACUAAAAUGUUAAUACACCAACAAGAGAUGUCCAAUUGGAGGAAUAAUGAAGAAAUGCCCACAAAUGGAUUUGUACUAGUACAUGAAAACCAUAACGGCGCUAUUCGUUCAAUAAUGAGAGGGAUUGAUUAUAAUGGAUGUUCAAAAGAUCCAAGAACGUCAUCAAAUUUCACUUCUAAUACCUCUAGAAGCAAAGUUAAAAAUACCUUAAAGACAUUACCUUCAAUACCAUAUGAUAAAUUUUCCGUUGGCCCUCCACCUCCAACUGAGAUCGUAAUCUAUCCAGCCUCAACAAUUAACAUGAUCUCGGAAUUAUCUGUUAAAAACUAUUUUAAAGAGUUUGGUGAAAUUUCACAUUUUGAAGUAUUCAAUGACCCAAACAGUGCAUUGUCGUUAAACGUUUACCUUGUGAGAUAUAACAGUCCUGAUGGGAAAUUAAAAAACGCCAUUAAAGCAGCUAAGUACGCAGUUCAAAAACAUGAGGAAAAGGGAUGUUCGAUAUUGGGUUGUCAUUUCAACGUUGUUCUAAACAAAGACAACGUUAUCAAAUCGAUAAUUUCUAAAUUCGUCCAAGAGAAUUUAAAGAAAGCAAAAGAUAUAAACAUUGAUGAACGAAAUAAGAAUGAUAAAGAAAGAAAAAUUGUAGAUAUCGCUCCAAAAAAUAACUUUCAGGAUAGAAGAAUUCCUCUCGAUAUAAAAGAUAUUGUAAAUAAUAGACCUGUGUUAUUUGUACCAAAAAGUUUUACAUCAAUCCAUAGUUUUAGAGUAGAAGAUUUUAAGCUAAAAUUGAGAAAAUAUAGAUGGGCUAGAAUCCUAGACCACCAAGCUGGCAUAUAUAUAGUUUUCAAUGAUCUGGUCCAUGCCAGGAGUUGCAUGAAUGCAGAAUCUGGUAUUAUGACUUUGAUAUCAAGAUCAAGAAAUAUCCCAAUUGAGGUUAGAUUAAAAUUAUUAGCACCAGAACCAAUCCCAACACCAGUUAGUAAACCAACAAAGUCGAUAGUGGGAGAACUCAAAUUUCCAACCAAACCUGCAGCAAAGGUUUACAGUUCAAAAAAGGAUAUAGUUGCAACAGCUAUGAAAAUGAUCACUAGAGAUUUGGAAAAUGCCUUGAGUAUAGAUAUAAGAAGAAAAAUUAUCGGUCCAGUAGUAUUCGAUGGAUUAAAUUCUUCGAAUUAUCCAGAAUUGGUAAAAAAGAAAGAACUUAAUGAACUAGAAAAACUAAACAAGAAAAAGGAUCUAGAAACUAAAAAAACAGAAGCUAAAGAAGAAAGAAGUAAGUUUGAUUUGUUUGAUCUUUAUGGUGGAUAUGUUAAAAGUAAUAAGAAGAGACGCGCUUCAGAUAAUUUGGAAAAGGCAAAUAGAAAAAGAAGAGGUUCCAUUGAUAACAAACCAACAGCGCAUAUGCUCAAUGAAGAUACCAUAUCUAAGGAAUCUACACCUCUGGAGUAUUCGGCUUCUCUAUCAAGAUUUUCUGGAGACGAAGCAUUGUUAUCUGAGGAAUCUUCUAUUGAAUCAGAAGAUGAAGUGACAGAAAGCACCAAAAGUGAAGAAGAAACUAUUAAGGAAGAAGAGACAAAAUUUGAUGAGGAAAAGGAAGCUGGAAUAGGAAAAGAACUAAAUGUGGAAGAAAAAGAAGGAGAGGAAGAAGAGUUUUCGCAUGCCAAGGUUGAAAAUGAACUAUCGAAUCAAAUAUAUGCCCCAAUUGCAUCAGUCUAUCCUGAACCAGUUUAUUCUUAUGAAUUGUUCGAGCUUGAAAGUGAAUCUGCUGUUAUUUCGGUAGAAGAUUUGCAAAGUGUUGUAAAGGAUGAGGAAGAUAUGAAGUAUUUGAGAAAAGUCUGUGAAACUGAUUCUAUUCCUACUGUCUCUGCUCAAAUUGCCGCUUCAUUUGAAUAUGAACUAUGGAAACUGCGUAGAUUCAAUAAGAUGAAAGCUAAGAUAUCGGAAAAACAUUUAGAACUUAAUGAAGUUCCAUAUGAUUCAUCUUUGGAUAAUGGUGACAAAGCUUUUAAGGCGGUUGGCUUCAAGAAAGUUCCAGAUAGAAUCAAAUCAUGCUAUCUACCUCAUCGUCGUAAAUUGCACCAGCCUUUGAAUACAGUCAAUAUUCAUAAUGAUACUUUGGAGAAACAACGUAGUAAUCAAGCAGAUGAUAUGGAUAAGGCUGAUAGUUCUGAAGUAAGUGCUGAAGUUUCAUCUUCAAGAGUUAAUAGGGCUAUAAAUAGAAGGUUCCAACAAGAUAUCGAAGCUCAAAAAGCCGCAAUUGGUACAGAAUCCGAACUUUUGUCAUUGAAUCAAUUAAACAAACGUAAGAAGCCAGUUACAUUUGCUCGCUCAGCAAUUCACAACUGGGGUUUAUAUGCAUUAGAGCCUAUUGCUGCAAAGGAAAUGAUCAUCGAAUAUGUGGGGGAACGUAUCAGACAGCCGGUAGCAGAAAUGAGAGAAAGAAGGUACAUUAAAAACGGUAUUGGUUCGAGUUAUUUAUUCAGGGUAGACGAAAAUACUGUCAUAGAUGCGACGAAAAGGGGAGGUAUUGCAAGAUUUAUCAAUCAUUGUUGCGAUCCAAGCUGUACUGCUAAAAUUAUUAAAGUGGGUGGUAUGAAAAGAAUCGUCAUCUAUGCGUUACGUGAUAUUGCUUCAAAUGAAGAAUUGACUUACGAUUAUAAAUUCGAGCGUGAAAUGGAUGACAAAGAAAGGCUACCGUGUCUAUGUGGUGCCGCAACUUGUAAAGGUUUCUUGAAUUAA